GGCGGGCGGCGGCCCGGAGGCGGACGAAGAUGAGCGCGGGGCACGUCGUCUGCACCGGCUGGCUGAUCAAGUCGCCCCCCGAGAAGAAGCUCAAGCGCUACGCUUGGCGGAAACGCUGGUUCGUGUUACGUCAAGGCCGGAUGAGCGGCAACCCCGACGUGCUGGAAUAUUAUCGGAACAGUCAUUCCAAGAAGCCAAUCCGGGUGAUCGACCUGAACGAGUGUGAAGUGGUGAAGCACUCGGGCUCCAACCUGAUCAAGAAGGAGUUCCAGAAUAACUUUGUCUUUGUUGUGAAAACAACCUACCGCACCUUCUACCUGGUGGCCAAAUCGGAAGAGGAAAUGCACGUGUGGAUCCACCACAUCACUCAGAUCUGUAACUUCGGACACUUGGAAGACGGGACAGAUUCAGGGGACAGCCUGUCCCACACGACGUCUUCCCCGCAACCUUCUCCGGCCAUUUCUGCCCACGCGUUGAGGAGUGCCAACCCGUCUCUCACCUCCGACCAUGCCAGCACCGAUGCAGCAGCAGCUGAGGAGACAGCCAGCGAGUCGGAAUCUGUCUUUCUGCCUGACUAUCUCUUUUUAUCCAACUGUGAGACGGGAAAACUCAGCCAUGUUAGGUGCCACAGUUGGUCCAAUUCUGACCGCUCUCUGGAGAGGACGUUAUCCGAUGAUGUCUUCUUUGACUUCGUGUCUUCUCAGUCCUCACUGUGCUUACAGCUUUCUGGCGGCCUGCUUCAAGAGAUGGUCCAGCCAACCAUUCAUGGAAUCCUUCCAAGAAACACAGAUUCAAGCGGACCUCCUUCUGGUGACUUCUCUUCUUCCUCGCCCUUGUCAGGGCCUCCUGCGACGCCAACCAUCCUAGCAGAGAAAAGCCAGAAUACUCUACCCUAUGGCUUUACCGAACUCGAGAUUUUGGCUAAGACUCCCCCUCCCAGGCCACCAAAGCCACCCCACUUCCCAGACAGAAGAGCUGAAGAGCAGGCUGGUGUGGUCCUUCAGAAUGGACAUGCAAGGAUCUCUAGCUCUCCAGGGAUCUUCGUUCCAAGGAGGAUUUCCCUCUCUGGACUGGACAGCAUGAAGAAUUGGAGAGCAGACAUGGAAGAAAAUUCUUUACGGCGCAGGGAUAAGAGGUUGAGCUUGAACUUGCCUCGCCGGAUGAGCCCUCUCUACUCCUGCGCGUCCAACAACACCGAAGACAGUUACGUCCCCAUGCAUCCAAGCACCUCCCCUCCUGUCGCAGGAACUGACUGCACCCCGGAUGGCUACAUUCCCAUGAACCCAGGAUCAGCUACUUUUGCUCUUGCUGAAGUUAGCACGGAAAAGCUCACCAGCCCCUUGCCUGAACUCCCCUUGGAUUUGGAACCCCCUCCGGUGAACCGAGAUCUUAAGCCUCGGACAAAAUUCCGACCGCCUCCGUUGGACCUGCGAAACCUUUCCACCAUCAGAGAACAUUCUGCCUUAACCAGGACAUGGACUGUGCCUUACAAUCGAACAAGCUUUAUCUCUCCCGAAAGAGACUGCAUUAAUUCAGCAAGGGUAUUUGCUGCUUCAGUUUCCGGAGAAGAGGAAGGAAGUUACAUUCAAAUGGAGCACCAACAAGCAACAUCUCCAUAUAAUGGAGAUUUCCAAUCGCCAAAGAAGUUUAACCUUGACUACUUAGCACUGGAUUUUAAUUCUGCUUCUCCAUCUCCUGUACAGAAGAAACCUUUCCUCUCUGAAGAACAACGAGUGGACUACGUUCAGGUAGACGAGCAAAGAACUCAAGCUCUGCAAAAUACGAAACAGGAAUGGACAGAUGAGAGGCAAUCCAAAGUGUGAAGAGGAGAAGGCAUGGAUUGGUUCCUUGGUUAGCUUGAUUUUUUGUUUUUAUUUUUGCACACCAAAAUCGGGUCAUUUGAACGACGGAGCAGAGACUGGAAUUGUUGCAGAGCAGAAGAAGACAUCUGAUGGUUGCUGUCCUCGUGCUGUGAGGAUGGUCCCAGAAGGAGUGGGUCAUCUGUAAAAAGAUUGGGGUGCGGUUGAUCGGAAUGACAUCCUUUCGUCAUUUCCUUCAUUGCUUCUUCCAGUUAGGAUCUGAAUGGUACCCCUGUUAAAACCUGAACUUGGCUUCUUUGGACAUUAACAGGAACAAAAGCCUCGCAGUGUCAACGUUCAACACUGUAGUUACUUGUGACUUUUUUUCCCUACAUCCUGGCUACUUAACAGAAGCUAGAUCUAUUAUAGCAGCUGGUACUGAUCGAUGCUAGGAAAAUAAGGGCUAAAUAUUAGAAGUUAGAGAAAGUAACUGGUGGGAGGGGAAGGUUUAGGUUUUUUGAUAUAAAAUGUUUGCCAUUUUCUUGACUAAAUCCAAGAGUGUAAAUACCACUUCUUUUUGCUAGUGGAACUCAUCUACAGAGAGUAAAAUCCAUCACUUCGUUUGUCUCUUUGUUUGUAAAAGCCCCAGAGGUGCAGUGGUUAGGCAUGCAGUAUUGCAGGCAAACACUGCC